AACAAUUUUUAAAAAAUAAUAUCAAAAUUUGUUAUGAAACUGUUUUCAAAAAUUAGAAUAAUUUAUAAAUACUACUUUAAUUUGUUUAUAAAUAUAUACAGAAUCCCAGUGUUUGCUAACAAAGAAUGAGUCCGUUGUGUGAGAGUGCAAAGCAUGGACUGGAAGGGCAUCGGUGUGUCAUUGAGCUACCCGUGCGAGAUGGCAAACCCCAUAAUGACCGCAUCGAUCAGGUUUGCCACGAAGGAGAGGACAGACCACUUCUGCCCACAUUUUCGUCCACAAUGGCCAAGACGUUCACCAUUAUGUUCCUCUGCCUCAGUAUGUUUAGUGUGGGCGCCGGCUACUCACUACUGGCUCCCUUCUUCCCAACCAAAGCAAAAUCAAAGAAUGUGUCGGAGCUAUGGAUUGGUAUGGAUCAAAGUUCAGUGAAGACUAUCAGUGUUUUAAGUUUAUUGAAAAACUUUGGAUUCACUCUCUGUCUGUCCAUAACCAUCAACUCCGCACUACUCAUUGGCUUCAAUGAGGCCACACUUGAUCUACACUUAGCUUCGAUUGAGAAGUUGGCCCCCUCUACAAAAGGUGCUAUAUUCUUAGUAAGUGGUCUCACCUACACUAUUGUUAGCCAAAUAUUUGGAUACCUGGGCGACAAAGUUAAAGACUGUUACCCGAUGUGUAUUUUCGGUUGCGGAUCAUCUGUCAUAUGUUUCAUAGUUAUCGGUCCCCUUCCCUUCUUCUCAAUCAAACCGUACGAAUAUUAA